AUGUCAAACAACCCCCCAUGGCCUCGUGUCACCAUCGAGGAGGUACCCGACAAUGAUUUGGAUGCGGGCGGACUCCCUCGCCAUCCCUGGGUCAAGGACUAUCCUGAGCCGACCCGUAACCGAACCCGACCGUCCUACACAAGCAAGUAUCAUCUCCUCAAGAAGAUCGACGACUUACCAAAAGGCCACGCAAAGUGGGAAGUCGAGAUUUUUGAGGCAGAGGGCGACGAGGUCGACGAGGAUGGGAAGCCGAAGAUAGAAGUCGUCGAGCUAUGGAAGCGCGACGUCGUCGACUGUGUUCGGGAGCUAAUCGGCAACCCGCUCUUCCGAGAUGCUAUUCGAUAUGCUCCUGAGCGCGAGUAUGCUGACAAUGAAGGGAACACGCGCAUUUAUAGCAACAUGUGGGGGGCAGAUUGGUGGUGGGGUACCAAGCUACCCCCAGGCGCGACAAUUGCACCCUUGAUUGUCGCCUCAGACAAGACGACGCUAUCUCAUAUGAGCGGGGACAAGACUGCAUGGCCGGUAUAUCUCACCCUCGGCAACAUUGACAAGAACGUACGCCGACGUCCGUCAUCCCAUGCCACCCUCCUCCUCGGCUAUCUCCCAGCUAUGAAGCUCGAAUGCUUCUCUGAGAAACGCCGCUCCCUGGAAGGGUAUCGGCUCUUCCACAGAUGCAUGCGGUCUCUGCUCAAGCCACUGAUUCUUGCAGGCCGGGAAGGUGUCCUUAUGACCUGUGCGGAUGGAUGUCAGCGUCGUGUCUACCCUAUCCUAGCAGCCUACGUUGCCGACCACCCGGAGCAGUGUCUUGUCUCUGGGUGCAGCGAGUCUUCCUGUCCCAAGUGCACUGUCGAACCCAAGAGGCGAGGCGAGGCGAGCUAUCGCCCAUACAAGGACCCCGAUCGAGUCCUUGCAAUCCUAAAGCAGGCUGCAAGUGGCGAGGUCAAGCACAGCGAACUCGAAUCGAAAGGAUUGCGCGCGAUUGAGCCAUUCUGGGACAGCUUACCUCACAGCAACAUCUUUACUGCCCUUACUCCCGAUAUCUUCCAUCAACUACACAAAGGCCUGUUCAAGGAUCAUCUCGUUAGCUGGGUCACAAAGUCAAUCGAAAACGGUACUGACGAGAUAGAUCAGCGGUAUAUGGCCAUGGCUAGGCAUCCGGAGCUACACCAUUUCAAGAAGGGGAUCUCCCUUGUCUGUCAAUGGACGGGAACAGAGUACAAGAACAUGGAAAAGGUCUUCUUGGGCGCGGUUCUCGACUUCAUCUAUUACACCCACUUCGAGACCCACACCGACCUUUCCCUCGACGCGCUUCAUCAAGCAUGGACCGACUUUCACAAACACAAGGCCAUCUUCGUCAAACUAGGGAUCUGCAAGGAUUUCAACUUCCCCAAGGCGCACUCAACCGAGCACUACGAACGGGCCAUCCGCGAACUGGGCACGGCCGACGGAUAUAGCACCGAACACCCCGAGCGACUCCACAUCGACUAUGCGAAACUCGCGUAUGGCGCAAGUAACAAGAAAUCAACGUACCUCAAGCAGAUGACCGGUUGGCUUGACUGGCAAGAGACUAUUCACCGCUUUUCAUCCUACCUUGCUUGGUACGAUGCUAAUAAGCUACAGCACAACAAGAGGUCUUUGGGCAGUGGGGGAGCCGCGGGGGUUUCCCAGGAGACGUUCAUAGGUUCCGAAGACACAGACAAGGAAGAUGAGGAGCGUCUGCAAGAGGAACAUUACGGGGCUGGAGCUGGUAUGUCGCGGACAACUGCCGAGGAAGACGCCCAUCCGAAGGACGAUUGUCUCGACGAAGUUGCGUUUGUCAAAGGCUAUCGCAUCGCCAAGGAGCCCGCGUACCCCAAUUUGACCAUUUCCGAGGUCGUCCAGGAGUUUGGGGCCACUGAUCUACUGCAGUGCAUCACCGAGUAUGUUGCCAAGGUCUCCGUUGGCAGCCCUCGUCGUCUUGAGGCUGCUGCUGCUCCACUGCAUGGUCACUCCCGCAUCUCUGUCUACAAACAGUUCAAGGUCUCCUCCGAUGGCCGUGUACACAUCGACAUCAUCCAUGCCACACCACCACGUCACAGUACCGGUCCUCAUCAGCUCUCGACAAUCCCUGCCAACGUGUCUACAGUCCUCGCGCAGACUCGUACCCUCGCUUCUGACCAUAGCGCGCCAGCACCGGGGCAGGGCAAUGUUCGCAAGCCUUUGGAAGGUACAUCGCUCGAAUUUGAAAUUCAAGUUGGCCUUUGA